CUCAGGGUCACAAAAGUCCAAGAGGCCUCUUGGGAAUGUGUCACCUUCCAGCGUGGAGUCACGCUGGGGAAGGAGGCGGGGAGGGCGGUGGGGGGCGGAGGUGGUAGGGGCAGUUUAAAUGUCUGGCCAGCUCUGAGCUUCAGUCAGUUCCCACAGCAGCAAAGGUGAGCUCUCCUGAGGACUUCUCUGUCAGUUCCCCUGAUUCCAGGGAGGAUCCAGUGUGGCAGGAAACUCCUCCAGCCCAGCAAGGAGCCCAGGAUGUUUCUGAAGGCCAUGGUCCUGACCCUGGCCCUGGUGGCUGUCACUGGAGCCCGGGCUGAGGUCAGUGCUGACCAGGUGGCCACUGUGAUGUGGGACUACUUCAGCCAGCUGAGCAACAAUGCCAAGGAGGCCGUGGAACAUCUCCAAAAAUCUGAACUCACCCAGCAACUCAAUGCCCUCUUCCAGGACAAACUUGGGGAAGUGAACACUUACAGGGAAGACCUCCAGAAGAAGCUGGUGCCCUUCGCCACCGAGCUGCAUGAACGCCUGGCCAAGGACUCGGAGAAGCUGAAGGAGGAGAUUCGGAAGGAGCUGGAGGAGGUGCGGGCCCGGCUGCUGCCCCAUGCCAGUGAGGUGAGCCAGAAGAUCGGGGACAACGUGCGAGAGCUGCAACAGCGCCUGGGGCCCUACGCGGAUGAGCUGCGCGCCCAGGUCAACACGCAGGCUGAGCAGCUGCGGCGCCAGCUGACCCCCUACGCACAGCGCAUGCAGCGAGUGCUGCGGGAGAAUGCAGACAGCCUGCAGUCCUCGCUGAAGCCCCACGCCGACGAGCUCAAGGCCAAGAUCGACCAGAACGUGGAGGAGCUCAAGGGGCGCCUCACUCCCUAUGCCGACGAGCUCAAGGUCAAGAUCGACCAGACCGUGGAGGACCUGCGCCGCAGCCUGGCUCCCUACGCGCAGGACGCGCAGGAGAAGCUCAACCACCAGCUCGAGGGCCUGGCCUUCCAGAUGAAGAAGAACGCUGAGGAGCUCAAGGCCAGGAUUUCAGCCAACGCUGAGGAGCUGCGGCAGAGGCUGGCGCCCGUGGCUGAAGACGUGCAUGGCAACCUGAGGGCCAACACCGAAGAGCUGCAGAAGUCUCUGGCAGAGCUGGGCGGGCACCUGGACCGGCAGGUGGAGGAGUUCCGACGCCAGGUGGAGCCCUAUGGGGAGAGCUUCAACAAAGCUCUGGUGCAGCAGAUGGAACAGCUGAGGCAGAAGCUGGGUCCCCAUUCGGGGGACAUGGAAGGCCACUUGAGCUUCCUGGAGAAGGACCUGAGGGACAAGGUCAACUCCUUCUUCAGCACCUUAAAGGAGAAAGAGAGCCAGGACAAGACCCUCGCCAUCCCCCAGCAGGAGCAGCAGCAGGAGCAGGAGCAGCAGCAGCAGCAGGAGCAGCAGGAACAGGUGCAGAUGCGAGACCCUUUGGAAGGCUGAGGUGUCCUUGGUGCACUGGCCUUACCACCAUGGACACCUGCCCUGCCAUGCCACCUGUCUGUCUGUCUAUCCCACAGCAGUUCUGGUAUGAGGUUGAGGACACAUGUCCAGUGGGAGGUGAUACCAUCUCUUGAUAUUCAAUAAAGCUGCUGAGAAUCUAGCCUCAA